CGAUGGGCCGCAGGCAACAACUCAACGGUUCAACCUCGUCUGUCUGUUCGAUAGAUUAGUCAACACUUUCCAAGUCAACGCGUAACGUGACUCAUCACUACUUUACCUGCUCGAUUCCACUCAUCACUCAAGUCUUCCCCUUCAUCAUCACAACCACCAGGUACAAGCCAAAAUGACCAUCCGCUAAACCGGCCCCAGAGGAGUCGACCAGCACAUCCCCCACCCUUCUUCUCACCACCACAGCGACCUCGGCCGAGCCGCCCAACCGACCCAACAGGAAACGAACAUGAACACAACCAGCAGCAGCAACAUCAACCCUGGUCCCUCCUCUUCAGGCCAGGCCGGACUCCCCUCCGCCAAUCCCAGCGCCUCCUACUGGCUGCAACCAAGCGAUAUUUCUCAGAGGCUUGAUGAUUAUCGGUCCACGCAUGAUUUGCCGCAGUCGGCUGAUACGGUGAUUGUCGGGUCGGGGAUUACGGGUGCGUUUGCGGCUUGGUUCCUGUUGGAGCAGACGAGGGGAACGAAGGUUGUUGUUGUUAGGUCUGGAUCUGGGUCUGGGGCUGGAGCUGGCGCUGGAGCUGGGAAAGAAAAAGAAGGAAACAGCAGCAGCAGCAGCAGCGAAAGAGACAUCCUAAUGCUCGAAGCGCGCCGGCAACCCUGCUCCGGCGCCACCGGCCGCAACGGCGGACACUGCCAGCCUUUUGUCUACUCGGCUUCCACCCCGUCCAUUGCCGAAUUCGAGCUGGCCACUUAUCAGUUUCUCAAGACUUUUGUGGAGGAGCAGGGAAUUGCGGGCGCUGUGGAUUGGAGAACGCACAAGACUGUUCAUGCGUACUUGACGGAGGAGGUGUGGGAGGGGGCGAAAGCGUUGGUGGAAAAGUUGCCGGAGGGAUUAAGGGGCCAGGUGGAUUUGGUUGAUGAUGAGACCAGAAAGGUGAAAGAGGGAGGAGAGACGACGCUGAGGGAUUUGAGAGUUCCCGGGGCGAAGGGGGCGGUGGUGCAGAAGCAUGCGGCGAGUUUGUGGCCUUGGAAGUUGGUGGUUUGCGUGUUGGAGAGGUUGAUGGAGAGGUUUCCGGUUAGGAAUGGUGGUACGGGCGAAGGAGGGUUCAACUUGCAGACGAACACACCGGUCUUGGGAUUGGAAAAAGUCGGCGAUGGCAGGUGGACGGUGAUAACGAGCAGGGGAAGCAUCAAGGCGAACAGAGUGCUGUUGGCGAUGAACGGGUAUACGAGUUAUUUGUUGCCGGAGAUGAAGGACUUGAUCGUUCCGGUGAGGAGCCAAGUUGCGUCGUUGCGGCCACCCACGCAGGAUGCGACCAGUGGCAAAGUGGCCGAGUUGGAUUACAGUUAUGCGUUUGUCAGCGAGGAACAGUUUCCGAGGGAUGAGUAUCUCAUGCAGAGACCUCUGCCCGGAGGAGAGCUAAUCUACGGAGGAGCGAGAAGUCAUGCGGAGAACAAGGCGGUUGGAGUGUGGCAGGAUGAUGAAGUCGAGCGAGGCGUCGCGACCUAUCUGAGGCAAAACCUGGCACCAUAUCCGUUGGAUCUGACUCUAGACAAAACUGGCUCUACGCCUACGGAUAUCCCUAAGGAGGGAAAUGAGACUACAGAACUCGAGGCCACGCAUCAGUGGACGGGGAUCAUGGGAUUCAGCAGAGACUCGCAUCCUUGGGUCGGACGGGUGCCGGAAAGACUCGGCGGCGGAGAGAAUCUGUAUAUGUGCGCCGGGUACACCGGACACGGAAUGCCGCAGGCCGCAUUGGCAGCCCGGAUGAUUGUGGAGAUCACGGGUAAGCCGUUUGCGGAUGACGGGCUCAAGUUGCCUCAGGAGAUGGUGUUGACUGAGGAGCGAGUAAGCUGGGUGAGGGAGAACACGAAGGCGUUGUUGAAAGAGCAGCAGCAGGCACCUGAAUGGUCGGCUACCAUGCCCGAGUUGUUGACGGCAACGGAGAGAAGAGCUUGAGCAGGGGAGUUGAUAAUGAUGUGAACCAGUCACACCAGUCCGUCCAUAUGACUGUAUAGAACCCAGAUAAACUACAGAAUUAUUUUUGUGUUUCCUGUACAGACCAACAAAC